CCCUCACCUCUGUGGUACCGCUGCCUGAAAUGAUUUUUGGCAGGGGUUCACCUCAAAUCGAACGGGAUUCGUGCCAUGCAUCCCAUCAAGCAAAGCAGAGGGGUACAUACAAGAUAACAAGCAGCAGCUGGACCCAGCGAUCGAACAUACAGGAUCUAUUUUCGUUCGCGUUACUUGUCCCAAUCAAACCAACAACUCACGAUGGACGUCGAGACUCGUAGCAUCCCGGCACAACAGAUACCCUCGUACGAAGCCCGCAAAGAGGCCGGCGAGUUUGUCAAACUCAGUGCCGAUGUCAGGCGUCUCCGCUGGUCCCUCAACGGCCCGCUCGCCACAUCGAUCCAAGUCAUGAAAGACCGCUGGGUCGACCCGGACCCGGACGCCGCCCCGCCAGAGCCCUACUGCCAGCAGGAGGACGACGGCACCAUCGCUUCGUGGCACGCCGUUGCGCAAUCGCCCUAUACCGAGCCCAAGGUAUCGUCCGUCACCAUCAGAGUCGACCCGCUCGAGCACUGGGAGAUGGAUUGGCUGGAGAUGAACGAGCCGUACCCCAACGACCCGGACGGGAGCUGCGCCGUGGGGGAGCGGCCGGUGGACAAGGACGCCCGGCUGGAGGUGAAGGCGGCGGGGGAGUUCCUCACGAUCCACGACUACGUCUCGGCCGUGCACCCUUGGCUGAUGGGCCUGCGUGGGGAUCUCUUGGCCGCGCUGGCGCUGACGGCCGCCGGGCAGGACGACCCCUUGCCGCCUGAGACCAGGUUGAUGGCCGUAUGUGGCUGGCCGGAUGAAGUAGAGGUCUUGCGCGAGCAGGAUUGGUUGGCGGAAUAUACGAAACCGGCUUCUAAGGUACCUGAAUUAGCAACAUCGGCGGGCCCGGCUAGGUACUACUAGUAGUAGCUGCCAACGGGCAGAGGGCUACGGUCUACCUCCCCAUCUGGAGCCCCUUUUCCUGUAUGAAGUGGCAAGCAGAUGUGUGAUGUGUUUGCCUUGGGCGGAGGUUUAGUCAGGCCUCUUUUUUUCUCAUCCUGAGCCACUGUACCUAAGGUACUUAUUCUCAAUCAAAUUCACCAUUAUCCAGCU